AUGACGUUCAGUUGGAUAGCUACACUUUGCUUCAUUCCCUGUGUAAUUUCCACAAACCUUUCACCAGCACUUUACAGUGCUGCGUUGAUUCGCUAUCUGGCAGAACAUCAUCCAUAUGGAACUUUUGACUGUUGGUUCUAUAAACUCUCCAAAUUUCCUUUGGAAUCUAAUAUGUUGGAUAAGAUUGUAACAUCAGAAGAACUGGCCUCGAUUCCGAUUCGUAUGCUGUACCUUUCUGAAGCAACCAAGUUUGAUCAUCAUCCCCAGCUGCUGUUAAUCUUUUGCGAUGACUGGACUCAGCAGUUGCUAGCAUCGUUCUACAACUUCCUAAUAGAUUCACGUUUCAAGGCAUCCCUCAAAAUCAUCGUAUUUUACGAGCAUCUGCACGUUAAACAGUUGGUUCUGAUCCAAACGGCGUUCACCUACUCCAACCUGUUCAACGUGAUUUUCAUUCGAACGGAUCGCCUACAGGUGCACUACUAUCUGGUGUACAAGAAGCGGUUUGUGUCGUUGAAUGGGGUGGUGCCGUACGGGGAACUGUUCCCCGAUCAAACUAUGGAUCUCGCCGGGCGCGAGAUGUACUUGUCAAUUUCACGUAACGAUCCGGAUCAGCUGGUGUCUACUCCGAAACGAUUGUUCAAAGGUCGUGUUUACGAGUGGGCUAUGAAUACGGUUGAGCAUUACAAUGGAACGGGUGUGGUUCAUAGACUUGCGCCAGAGCACAACUUGUAUGUGCUAAAUUCAACGCAUCUUUACACAUUUUGUCUGGAGAUGAUGUCUUUUCUGGAUACUAAGGACACCUUCCUAAUGUCGGCGUAUCCGGACAGGUUUUUGGUGGCUGCUCCCGCAGGGCGAAGGUACGAAGUUAGGGAAGUGCUUUUCAUGCCAUUUUCCCCUGAACUGUGGAUCUUCAUAAUCACUUUAGGAGGUAUCUUCUACGCUGCAACGUUGCUGUUCCCUCGAUUGUUCCAACACGACAUCCUUGACAUAACGAUUGUAGUUCUAAACUUCUUGCUGUGUAGUGCGUACGAGGUCAAAAUAAUCACCUUCAUGAUAAACGCGCCCUACGCUUCAAAUCCGCGAACAUUCGAGGAUCUUCUCGAAGGUGGAAUCACGAUCAACAUGUCAACGCGAACAUCAAUCGAACUGCUCGGCGAUCCAAAAUUUGAGCAAGUCUUCAAGUACAGUCCGGGGAUUCCCGCCAUGAGAUAUCAUCCCAAGGUGGGAUACUACGCCAAGUCGAACGACAUCCGGCUCGGAAUCGUUGAUCCGGUGAAUUACGACCUGCGAACGAAACGCAGCAAGUUGGUGAUCCUUGAUCGAUUUCCGCUGGGAAGCUUUGUUCAUUUUUACUACGUGGGACCUACGAGUCCUCUGAGGGACAAAUUUCAGCGCACGGAGUUGGUAUUCUACGAGGCUGGGUUGAUGGACUUUUGGACGAGAAGGAUAUUUCGGGAGUAUUUUGGAAUUAAGUACAGCCGUAUUGUUCAGGAUGGUAACGGACCGGAGGACGAAACACUUGGGAUGAUGCAACUGGGACCAAUCUUCAAAGGAAUGCUUAUAAAGUGCCCACCCUUAACUGAUGUUGAAAGGAGGAUGGACGAUAAAGCCUCACCGAGAUGGUCCAUUAUCCUGCCUUCACCGCCUCUCAUCUCGUCGAUAAAUUGGUCAUAA